GUCAAUCCUAUAAAACACAAGCACACAGCAUUGCCUUACACAUGUUCCUUUACGUGUAAAGGGAAUGAUAAGGCUCUAAGAAACAGGAAUUCUUUACUCUAUCAUCUGCAAUCUCCUUUCUGUAAUUUACCAGCCUUCUCAAGUCUGUUAUCUUUUCUGUCUGUAAGCUAAUACUUAAUUUUGUCUCACUUUUUUAAAGAUGUCUCUCAUGUUUCCCAGUUUCUCUCUUCUCUCCCCAGGACACAUUUUUCAAGUGUGUUCCGCCUUGCAUUGCAUUGGGGAAAUGGACCAUCUUGCACUCUUCUUGUGGUCUCUUCCACCUCAGGUAUCUGCAUCUCUUUCCAUGAGUGAGACAUUCUCCAGAGGGGAGAAUGCAAGAUCUGAUAUAACAGUUGAGGAAGACAGGACCAAAAAGACAAACUGUUUGAAGGACAAGACUCGAAGACUUUUACGAGAGUGUUAUCUUCGGGACCCAUAUCCUAGUGCUGCUCAGAAGAGACACCUUUCAUAUGUAACUGGGCUACAUCCUUCACAGGUGACCAACUGGUACAAGAACCGGAGACAAAGGGACAGGGCAGCUACCUCUAAAACUGGGCUCUAGAAAAUAAAGUUCUCAAAAGGCGACGAUAUGCGUGAGAUGAAUUCACUAAAACAAGAGCAUCUCAAGUACAUUGCCUAGGUCAUCACAUUUCAUUUAUUAUUUGUAUUAAUAUGAUGGGGUGAUAAUUAUUUUAAAAACUAGGAGACAUUUAUAGUGGCUGGUGUGAAUGAAAAUUAAAUUAUUAAAACGUAUAUGUAUCCCUAUGUACAAAUGAUAGUUUUAAUAAUCUCACAUCAUGUCCCCUGUUACAGAUUUUGAUUAACAGUAUUUGUAUACGUCUUUUAAAAAAAACAUCUGCUUGUUUGAUACUUACUUGCACACUCUUCAUUUAUUUAGAAUAAUGCUGGUGAAAAUAUAAUCUACUAUCAAUGUUAAUGUGGAUAUUUGUUAAGCAAAUAAGCAGCUUGCUGUUCCUUGUCAUUUCAGAGCAAUAAUAGGGGAACAGCAGUGGCCUUU